CUACUACACGGCGCUGACGCUGGCGGUGUUUGCGGACCUCGGCUACUACCGCGCAAAUUGGAGCAUGGCGGAACUGAUGAGCUGGGGCAAGAACGUCGGCUGCGAGUUCCUGCAGAAGAAGUGCGUGGAUAUCAAGAACCUCGCCACCAGGUACCCUCACAUGUUCUGCAAUAAGGAGGACAAAGCGACGUUCCGCUGCUCCUCUGACCGCCGUCACGUCGGGACGUGCACCGGACACAUCGUUGAGUCCAAGGGGAGCUUGUACUAUAAGGACGUCUGCCCUGUUAUUUCGACGUCGUUUUAUGACAUAUUGACUGGGGAAACGCCCAACACGUGUACAGGCGCAACUGCGGAAACCCUCCCUGGGUCGCUGACUGGCACUGGCUCGUGGUGCCUGGAUGCGGAAGCGCUGCAGGUCAAGGGUGGCGACGGCGGUAAGAAAAUCGCGGGGGCGUGCGCACAGGUGUUGUGUGAGGGCGGCACAGUGAAGGUGAAGUACCUCGGCGCCAAGGAGCCUGUGCCAUGCCCCGAGGGAAAGGAAGUCACGGUGGUGGCAAAUGAUCAUCUGAAGGGCGGGAAGCUAAAGUGCCCCAAGUACGCCGAGGUGUGCACCAUCGCCGCCAACGGCAGCAGCCUCGUCAUUCCGCGCGUUGAGGAGGGGGCUAACGGAGACGCCGAGGAGAAACAAAAGGAAGAUGCAGCGGAGCACAAAAAGAAGGAAAAAGAGGAGGCGGAGGAUACUCCGUCACUUGAGUCACAGCCUGCAGAGUUGUCUUCUGGAGCUGCGGGGGGCGAUCUUUCCAAUCCAAAGGCUGCAGCGGAGGUUGGGCCCGGCACAUUGCCGGCUGCUGAGACGCAGGAGACCGAAAAUGGGCCUGGCGGUCCUGCUCACUCCGCUGCAGCCUCGCCGCCCCCAGCUGACGCCGCCCCCUCACCGGACGAGGCCGUUGCCGCAAAAGAAAGUGACGCGGAGGAGGCGGCGGAGGAGGCGGCGGGAGCAGCUUCUGCGGCCCCCGAUGUGCCUGCGCCGCCCACCCCGACACCGACGGCAUCCGUCAAUGGCAGCGCCGUGCAGAAGAAACUUGACGGGGCGGCGCAGCAACUCGGAGGCGACGCCGGUGCGGCUGCUGCGGCUGUUGGCUGCAGUCACUUUGUGCUGCUCGCCGUGGCCGCCGCGGCCGCGGUGGCGAUGCUGCCGUCUUGA